GUCACGACACACUACAGUAUCAUCCUGGUCCAUCCCUGGUCCAUCCUGAUUGUUUUUGUUGUUACUGUUGCCACUGAUCCUAAAGUGUAGGUAGGAUAUGUCAUAAUGGACCUCCCUCCUUCAAAUAAGAGCUACCAGGAUGUUAACUACUGGAAUGAACGGUACUCGGUUGAGGAAAACUAUGACUGGUUUAAAACCUACAAGGAUUUCGUUCAUUUAUUAGAGCGGCAUGUCAAGAAGACUGAUAGAAUCCUAAUGUUGGGUUGUGGCAACAGCUCUCUUAGCGAAAGUAUGUACAAUGAUGGAUACAAGCAUAUCGUCAAUGUUGAUUUUUCGGAUAUCGUUUUAAAGAAAAUGAACCAAAGACUCCCUAGCAUGGAAUGGAUAACAAUGGACAUCAAACAUUUGGCGUUCUUGGCUCGUUCUUUUGAUGUCGUCAUUGAAAAGGGCACUUUGGAUGCGCUGCUUGUGGAUGAAGAUGUGUGGCACAUUUCUGAUAAAGGUGCAGAAAUGAUGUCCCAGAUAAUGGAAAAUGUCCAUCAUGUGCUUUCUCAGACUGGAAAAUUUAUAUCUGUUACUUUUGCUCAGCCACACUUCAGGCUGCCUCUGAUCAGGAAGACUUUUUGGGAAGUUAACUAUGAAACAUUUGGAGACGGGUUUCAUUACUUCUUCUAUGUUGCCAAUAUGAAGACAGAAAGCCCUGAAGGAGAAAGGUGACAUAACAAUUAAAGUAUAGCGUCAGGCAGGAGACCUCAGAUUUUAUGCAUUUAUAAUUUCACAAUAAAAUGCAAAUUUGUGUUA